CAUCUGAUCUUCGUCCAGGCGGGGAAGACGGGCGCUACAUUUAACUUCUUCCUGAAUCUAUCAGUAGCCGUCCAAGAUGUCUAGCCAGUAUCAGCGAAGUGUUCCACUGGAGAUCAGGAAAGCGGAGGGGGAGAGAGUCCGCGCCAAACAUCCGGAUAAAAUUCCAAUAAUUGUGGAGAGAGCAGCAAGGUCACGAGCUCCUGAACUUGACAAAAAGAAAUACCUUGUUCCUUCAGACCUCACAGUCGGCCAGCUCUGCUUCCUGAUCAGACAGCGGGUGUCUAUGAGGCCGGAAGAAGCGCUCUUCUUUUUCGUUAAAAACUCCCUCCCUCCAUCCAGCUCCCCGCUGUCUGCAGUGUAUGAGGAACACCAGGAGGAAGACCUGUUCCUGUACAUGACAUACAGUAAUGAGAGUGUUUACGGUGCUUGAGAUGGAGGAAGAAAGAAGAGAGAGAAAGAUGAUACAUUAUUUUACCACUAUUAUCCCACAUUCAAUACAUUGUACCUACCUACGCAUUGUUCAUAAUGGGGACUAAAGGGUGCUGUUUGCAUUUAUCAGUAUUUGGGGGGAAACUAUAAUAUGUUUCUUUAAACAGAUUCUUGGCAGUAAAGUAUUGGGACUUGAGAAUUUAGAGACACUAAAGAGAAGGAGAGAAAAUGGAAGGUCAAAACAGAGAUAAACUUCAAGCACAGUAGUAGAGUAAGCAAGUAUUGAUUUCUCUUUCUCUCCCAGGAGCGCAUCAUUUGUAUGUAAUGCACAUAGGUUUUUGUUCUUGGUUUUUUUUUUUUUGUAAAGUAUUAUCAAUAACUUUUGUGCAUAUAAUAAAAAUCUUUACAAUA